AAUACAUAAUACUCUCUCUUUCUUUCUCUCGAUCAACUUCAAGCAUAAACCCUAGAAGCUAGCUACAAUGGAAAGAGUAACAAAGAUGGCGGCAGAAAGGCCGGUGGUGAUAUUCAGCAAGAGCAGUUGUUGCAUGUCAUACAGCGUGAAGAAACUCUUCUCCGACUUUGGUGUGAACCCGAUUGUUCAUGAGCUCGACGAGAUUCAAGGUGGUCAGGAGAUCGAAAAGGCGCUGUCUCACCUCGGAUGCGAUCCGCCAUAUCCGGCAGUGUUCAUCGGAGGAGAACUUGUCGGGGGCGCCAGUAAGGUCAUGAGUCUCCAUCUCGAGCUUUCCUUAAUCCCCAUGCUUAAACGCGCUGGUGCCCUUUGGGUCUAAACUCUAAAUCAAAUAUAUCACUUUUAUAAAUAAUCAUAAUUAUUAAUAAAUAUAGUGUUACUUAAUUAAUGUCCAUGCCGUUUUAGUUAAUUAAUAAAGACAAUCUGGUUUCGUUAUGUGGAUGCCAGUUAUCUAACUGAAAUAACGGUUGUUAUCACUUUUUUUUUAUUCCAUGAGAUAAUUUUGUAAUCUCUUGAAAGUUUUUGAUUGAGAUAUAUACUAUACAUUAUCAUAUUAAAAUUAUUAUUAUU